GUACAGUCGACGCCGCGACCGUCAGUCGAGCCAGUCGAGCUUCGUACGCUUACUACGGCGGUUCGUGGCAGGUCCAAUAGUCGAGUGAGCGUGUGCGGAGAAAUAAAGUCGCGGUGUCGCUCGAGACUUUUCGCUCUUCGUACAAACGUCAAACGUCACACAACGAGUCAAGUACCUGUGUCGUGGACGAACGCGCGGCGUCGACGACGGUGAGAAGUAAGUAAGGAAGAAACGAUAACACGAUGGCAAAUCUACGACAAACACCUCUAACGUGUAGCGGACACACGAGGCCCGUGGUUCAUCUCGCCUUUUCCGAUGUCACCGAGUCCGGAUAUUAUCUCAUUUCAGCGUGCAAAGAUGGUAAACCUAUGUUGCGACAAGGGGAUACUGGAGAUUGGAUUGGUACAUUUGAAGGACACAAAGGGGCAGUAUGGGGUGUAGCGUUAAAUCCACAAGCUACUCGAGCUGCAACCGGUGCAGCUGAUUUCAAUGCUAAAGUUUGGGAUGCGAUUAAGGGAGAAGAAAUUCAUUCUUUUCAGCACAAACAUAUAGUCAAAUCAGUCAACUUUAGUACAGACUCCAAUUAUCUAUGUACUGGCUCUAAUGAAAAGAUUGUGCGCAUUUAUGAUCUUAAUAAACCAGAAGCAACUCCACAAAUUUUUUCAGGUCACGCAAAUGGCAUUAGACAUGUCACGUUCUUUGAUAAUAACUCUGCCUUGAUUACUUGUGCGGAUGAUAAAACAUUGAGAGUGUGGGACAGAAAUAGUGGACAGGAGAUUAAGAGAUUAGAUUUUCCUGCGAUUCCAAAUUCCAUGGAGGUAUCCAAAGAUGGAAGCAUCAUUACUACAACUCACUCUAAUAUCGUUACUUUCUGGAAUAGUAAAGAAUUAACCAAGAUAAAAGAAUUUACGGUUCCAACUCAAGUCAAUAGUGCCAGCUUACAUCCAGAUUGUAGUAUGUUUGUUUGCGGUGGGGAAGACUUUAAAAUGUAUAAGUUUGACUACAGCACAGGAGCAGAACUAGAAUCAUUCAAAGGACAUUUUGGACCUGUACACUGCGUACGUUUUUCACCGGACGGUGAAUUAUACGCCAGCGGAUCCGAGGACGGUACUUUGAGAUUAUGGCAGACGAUAAUCGGCAAAACCUACGGACUGUGGCGUUGUAUAGAACAGACGCCUGUGAUACAAGAAAACGCCACCAUGGUGAUUAAUAAACAAGAAGUUCCUGCCAAUUAAAUUUAAACCUCUGAAGCAAGAAAAUUUCCGGAUGUUUAUCAAAAGUCCAAAAAAAAAAACCACAUUGGACCAAACUUAAUCGAAUGGAUGAACCUCUUGUGAAUGAAAGACGUUGAAUAUUUUUUUAUGGGCUAUUGUUUGCCGCAUAAAAUUCCCUGUAAAUAAUGUAUCCUCUUAGAAAGUAGUCGUUGGCCUUCACCGAGGUCUUGUUUUUUUUUUUAAAUGAGCAAGACUAAAAGUGAAAAACCAAGAUCCGUAAAGGUACAUGUGCGCACGAUCGCUAUUUAUAUUACAAAAAAAACGACGAAAAAAAAAAA